UACUAAAAAAAAAAAAAAAAAUUAACAUUUCCAUUUCAUAACACAAACCUAACCUAAAAAAAACAUAUUUUCAUAUUAAAACUAAAUUAAUUAAACUUAUAUACAUUAAAAAUGCAAGUACUAAACUUAUUAAAAGCGCUACGUAUCACUAUAACACAAACAACGCGCAAUUACUCUCAAGAAUACGUACCGAAACCGUUAAGAAGUUUGAAAGCAAAAUCUACAAGAAAUACAGUGCAGUUUUAUGUAGAUUCGUUUAGAGUGAGAACUGUGGCGGGAAAUGGGGGUAAUGGAUGCAUAUCAUUCCUUAGUGCGUGGUGUAAGGAACACGCUGGGCCCGACGGCGGCGAUGGGGGACACGGGGGCCAUGUUAUAUUUCAGGCAACACACACAGUGAAGAGUCUGAACCACUGCAAGACGGUGGUGACGGCGAAGCACGGCGAGAAGGGGUACAACAAGGACUGCAACGGGAAGAACGCUCCACACAUCAUAGUGCCUGUUCCACUAGGCACCCUAGUGAAGGACGAGACGGGCCGCGUGCUGGCGGACCUGGCGAGGGAGGGCGUGAUGUUCGUGGCGGCGCGCGGGGGCGCCGGCGGCCGCGGGAACAAGUUCUUCCUCACGGACACGCAGCAGGCCCCGGACAUAGCGGAAAUAGGCGCGGCCGGGGAGUGGAAGACGUACCAGCUGGAGGUGCGGUCGAUGGCGCACGUGGGGCUGCUGGGCUUCCCCAACGCGGGCAAGAGCUCGCUGCUGCGGGCGUUGACCCGCGCCCGGCCCAGCGUCGCACCCUACCCCUUCACCACGCUCAGGCCGCAUAUUGGCAUGGUGCCGUACGACGACUAUGAACAAGUGGCUAUAGCAGACUUGCCCGGCUUGAUCCCCGGCUCCCACAAAAACUAUGGCUUGGGCAUCCAGUUCCUGCAACACGUGGAACGCUGCCGCGGGCUGAUCUACCUGCUGGACGGCACCAGUGACCCCCAGUUACAGUAUAGGACGCUGACCAACGAAAUAAGACAGUACAACAAAAAACUAACAGAGCGGCCAUCUUGUAUUGUUGUUAACAAAAUAGAUUUAAAAGAGGGUAGACAGAGUUUUGAGAGGAUGAAACGGAACGUGCAAGUGAUAGGUGUGUCGGCGAAGACGGGGUUGAAUUUAGGGGAGCUGUUGAAGGUUGUGAGAGAGAUGUACGAUAGCGGGGAGGCGGAAAAGGUUGAAAUGCAGUAGUCAUUUGUAAUUUAACUCCAAUAUUAUAGUUUGUUUAUUAUAUAUUAAAACAUAGAGUAAGAAACAGUGUGAUUAGAGAGAAGUGUGCACCGAAAGACGAUGUAGUGACAAAAAUCGAAAAGGGAAUGUUGCGUUGGUUUGGCCAUUUGGAGAGGAUGGAUGAAAGAAGAAUUACGAAAGAGAUUUAUCGAGCAAGAAUGAAUGGAGAUGUCGGUAGGGGCCGCCCUAGACGGACGUAUGUCGACCAAAUAGGCGACGUGCUGAAGAAGGGCCAAAUUAAAAGUACCCGUAACCGGCGAGCGUGUAUGAAAAGAUUGAUGAAUGUGGAGGAAGCGAAAGAGGUUCGUUUGAAUCGAAGCAUUUGGCGUUCCAUUAUUUCUGCCUAUCCUAAUGGGAGUCAGGCGUGACAGAUAUGUAUGUAUGUAUGUAUUAGUUUGUCGCCGCGUACUCCCCGCAUGGAAUGGGCCACCCCUUCCUUUCGCGUGUCGCAAGAAGCGACUAAGGGAGGGCGAGGGAUGGGCAGCAACGUCACUCUUAAAACAUCACCAAAGCCUUACAGUUGCUAAUUCGCCUGCCAAACGUGGCAACUACUUGCUAAACCUCCCAUAGGGGAGGGUUAUGUUCAGCAGUGGACAGUUAAAGGAUUUUAAAACUCGCUUAUGACGAAAGUGAAAUGGGUUUGAUUAAAGUGGUAUAUGACAAAAGAGAAAUGGUGGCAAAUUAUAGAGGUAUUUUUUUAAGUGGUAACCGUCGCCUAUAGACAUGAGCAGUACCAUGGACAUAACAGAGUAUACUGUUUCGCCCAUGAUACCCCCCAUGUGUUGAAAUAACCAUAAUAGAAUGGUAACCCCGUAUGGUGACUCACGUAUGUGUGCCUCGGCUACGCCUCGGCCCACAUUUGCACGUUCGUCCAUCAAUGCCUCAGUUGCUGGCCGCUGCAGUAAUGUACUAUUAAUAAUACUUAAAUCCAAGUUUACUUGAAUGAAAUUAUUUCUUUCUUUCUUUGUGGCAAACUGAAGUUUAACUGUAACUGAAUAGUAAAUUAUUAAAAUGAAGUACGGUUAUAGCAACCUUAUGUACAUAUAAUGUAAAUAAAACAAAUAUAUGAUAAAAUUGAUUGCCUUUUAUUUAUAAAAAAAUCUAUUUAAUUCACUAAUUCACAAAAUCGGAUCUCCAUUUCGGAUCCGUUCUGUUACAUAUUUCAACACUUCAGUCGAAUCACAAUUUACAGCUAAUUAUAGUACUACCAAUUCUAAUUUUUUU